AUGUCAAUUCCAGUUCCGUUCGAUAAGGAGAACUUUAUGCACGUGUUGAGCGCUCAGGUUGACGAAGCAAGCCCGGAGGUAGCUCACGUUCAGAAGUUUCCCACCUCAAGAAGAGUACACCGUCGGGUCACGGACACGUCCCGAUGCCAGGCCGAGCUCGAACUGUGGGCAGCAGAGCGUAAGAUCCAGCUAGGAAACAUGAUUCCUGAUUGCGAUCGCUUGGAAGUCCUACAGGUAUUGUGGACAUACCGCGACCUAGAAUCCACUAGUGUAGACGACAUGGGGCCACCUACGGAUCUCAUCCUUCACAGAACAAGUGUCAAGGCCGGCACACCACCAUAUAAGGCAAAGGCAAAACGCCUUGCUCAUGACAAGGAGUGGUGGUUACGGAAGAUCGUGCUUCAAGGCAUAGAAGCAGGGAUGUACGAACGCACAACAGUGGCCAAUAGAAAGCUCUCGAACUGGGGAGCUGAUGCAGUGCUAGUAAAGAAGGAGGGCAAAGACGAACCACGCCUUACCUUCAAUUACCAUUACGUCUACGAAGAACUACCAGGAAAUCAAAUGGAGCUAUCAUCAAGAGCCCACGCUUUUCUAGGACUACCGAGCCAUAAGGUCUUCUCCGCGUUUGAUCUAAAGAACGCAUAUUAG